CCAAUGAUCGUAUUCUGUGUACGUUGCUAAAAGUGUUUUUCCCGGGUAAUCAUAAGGCCAUCUGGGACCAAUGCCAACAGCAGGCAUCAGUGGGAUAGAGGACCAGUGUGCAAGACUCCUGGUGGUCAGUCGACGUCGAUCUUUUAAGUAGCGCGAUCAAAAAACGCCUAGGUUAUCUUCGGCUGGGCCCAAGGCCUCUUAUAUAAUUGAUUUUUGGUGCAACAUAGCGCCUUUACUAAUUUUAAACUGCCGAUAAAUAAGCUAGUGCGUCAGCAGAAUGGAGGACGGCCAUGCGAAAACCGUCGAAGAGGUUCUAAAUUACUUCAGCACAGACCCUGAACGAGGUCUCACUCUUGAUCAAGUCAAACAGAAUCAGAGCAAAUAUGGACCCAAUGAACUCCCCACGGAAGAGGGGAAAACCCUCUGGCAGUUAGUGUUAGAACAGUUCGAUGACCUGUUGGUCAAAAUUUUGCUUUUAGCUGCUAUUAUUUCAUUUGUACUAGCUCUUUUCGAGGAGCAUGAAGACACAUUUACCGCAUUCGUUGAACCUUUUGUAAUUUUGCUCAUUUUAAUUGCCAACGCCGUUGUAGGAGUGUGGCAAGAGCGUAAUGCAGAAUCUGCGAUAGAAGCACUGAAGGAAUAUGAACCUGAAAUGGGUAAAGUUGUGCGUGGUGACAAGUCAGGUGUCCAGAAGAUUCGAGCCAAAGAAAUUGUCCCUGGUGAUAUUGUUGAGGUGUCUGUAGGUGACAAAAUUCCGGCCGAUAUCCGUCUUGUUAAAAUUUACUCAACGACCAUUCGGAUCGAUCAGUCCAUCCUAACUGGUGAAUCUGUAUCCGUGAUUAAGCACACUGAUCCCGUGCCAGAUCCACGUGCUGUCAAUCAGGACAAAAAGAAUAUCCUGUUUUCCGGUACCAAUGUGGCUGCCGGAAAGGCUCGCGGUGUUGUCAUUGGUACAGGUUUAUCCACUGCCAUUGGUAAAAUUCGUACUGAAAUGAGUGAGACUGAGGAGAUUAAGACGCCACUGCAGCAGAAAUUGGAUGAAUUCGGUGAGCAAUUGUCCAAAGUGAUUUCCAUCAUCUGUGUCGCUGUCUGGGCCAUCAACAUUGGUCACUUCAAUGAUCCCGCUCAUGGUGGAUCAUGGAUCAAGGGUGCCAUCUACUACUUCAAAAUUGCUGUAGCUCUGGCUGUCGCCGCCAUCCCCGAGGGUUUGCCCGCUGUCAUUACCACCUGCUUGGCUCUUGGUACUCGCCGUAUGGCCAAGAAGAAUGCCAUCGUGCGCUCUCUGCCAUCUGUUGAGACUCUGGGUUGCACAUCUGUUAUCUGCUCUGAUAAGACCGGAACCUUGACAACCAACCAAAUGUCCGUCUCUCGUAUGUUUGUGUUUGAGAAGAUUGAGGGAAAUGACAGCAGUUUCCUCGAAUUUGAACUUACUGGAUCGACAUAUGAGCCAAUUGGUGAUCUCUACCUCAAAGGAUCCAAAGUUAAGGCCAGCGAAUUCGAUACACUGCAGGAAAUUGCUACAAUCUGUGUGAUGUGCAAUGACUCUGCUAUUGAUUUCAAUGAGUUCAAGCAGGCUUUUGAGAAAGUGGGUGAAGCUACAGAAACAGCCCUGAUUGUGUUGGGUGAGAAAUUGAAUCCCUUCAAUGUGCCAAAGACUGGUUUGGAUCGUCGAUCGGCUGCCAUUGUUGUGCGUCAGGAGAUUGAGACAAAGUGGAAGAAGGAAUUCACAUUGGAAUUCUCUCGUGAUCGUAAAUCCAUGUCAAGCUACUGUGUACCACUGAAACAAUCUCGCCUGGGUACUGGACCUAAGUUGUUCGUUAAGGGAGCUCCUGAGGGUGUCCUGGAUCGUUGCACACAUGCUCGUGUCGGAACAAGCAAAGUCCCACUGACAACAACGCUGAAGAACAGAAUUCUCGAUCUCACUCGUCAAUACGGUACUGGACGCGAUACUCUGCGUUGCUUGGCUCUGGCCACUGCUGACAGCCCAAUGCGCCCUGAAGAUAUGGAUCUGGGUGAUUCUACCAAGUUCUACACCUAUGAAGUUAAUCUGACUUUUGUGGGUGUUGUUGGUAUGCUUGAUCCUCCACGUAAGGAAGUUUUUGACUCCAUUGUACGUUGCCGUGCUGCUGGAAUUCGUGUUAUUGUGAUUACUGGAGACAACAAGGCUACCGCUGAAGCUAUCUGCCGGCGUAUUGGUGUAUUCACUGAGGAUGAAGAUACCACUGGAAAGUCUUACUCUGGACGUGAAUUUGAUGAUCUGCCCGUCAGUGAACAGAGAACCGCUUGCGCUCGUGCUCGUCUCUUCUCCCGAGUGGAACCAUCCCACAAAUCCAAGAUCGUUGAAUAUCUGCAGAGCAUGAAUGAAAUUUCUGCUAUGACUGGUGAUGGUGUGAAUGAUGCUCCAGCUCUGAAGAAGGCCGAAAUUGGUAUUGCUAUGGGUUCGGGAACUGCUGUGGCCAAGUCAGCGUCUGAAAUGGUGUUGGCUGAUGAUAAUUUCUCCUCCAUUGUGUCUGCCGUUGAAGAGGGUCGUGCCAUUUACAACAAUAUGAAACAAUUCAUCCGUUAUUUGAUCUCCUCCAACAUUGGUGAAGUCGUAUCUAUCUUCCUUACUGCUGCUCUUGGUCUUCCAGAGGCUCUUAUUCCCGUUCAGCUGCUUUGGGUGAACUUGGUCACUGACGGUCUUCCCGCCACAGCUUUGGGCUUCAACCCACCGGAUUUGGAUAUCAUGCAGAAACCACCAAGGAAAUCUGACGAGGGUCUCAUCUCAGGCUGGCUCUUCUUCCGAUACAUGGCUAUUGGUGGAUAUGUGGGUGCUGCAACUGUCGGAGCUGCUGCCUGGUGGUUCCUCUAUGCUUCAACUGGUCCUCAGCUGUCCUACUGGCAACUGACACAUCACUUGGCCUGCCUGGGUGGUGGUGAUGAAUUUAAGGGUAUUGACUGCAAAAUCUUCAAUGAUCCCCAUCCCAUGACCAUGGCUCUGUCUGUGUUGGUCACAAUUGAAAUGUUGAACGCCAUGAACAGCUUAUCGGAAAAUCAAUCUCUUAUCACAAUGCCACCAUGGUCCAAUAUGUGGCUUGUCGGCUCAAUGGCUCUCUCCUUCACGCUCCACUUCGUGAUUCUCUACGUGGAUGUCCUCUCAACUGUGUUCCAGGUGACACCGUUGUCCGGCGAUGAAUGGGUGAUGGUGAUGAAAUUCUCGAUCCCAGUAGUAUUACUCGAUGAAGUGCUCAAGUUCGUCGCCAGAAAGAUAACAGACGUACGACCUGAAUUCCACUAAAGCAGAUGAGAACCUGAAGCCUCGCACUUUUAAACCAAACCCAAAAUCAAAGAUCCUUCAUUGUAGAAUUGGGACGAGUCUACAAUUUAUAUUAUCAUCUAACCGAAGAAUUUUAAGUAAAAUGCAUAUGAAACAAGACAUCAAAAUGCAUUAAAAAACGAUUUUUAAAAAAAAAGAAGAUUUUGAAGAAAAAAAUCUUUCAGACAAGACACAGAACUGCUUCUUAAAAAAAAAGAGAGAUUGUUUUUGUGAAAGAUAUUCUAAGUUUAAAAAAAUCACUAGACUAGUGUUCCUCUCUUAGUUAACUAUUGUUUCUUUAUAUAAUCACUUCUUUUUUUCCUUAUGCACUUUACGUCCACCUAAUACAAUCCUCAUGGAAUCCUUGGUAAAAGAUCUCUUAUCAUUACAACAAUUCAAAAGAUGAUGCAUGAUAAGUAUACCCUCAACUAAACUUAAUUACUGGAUAUUAUUUUACUUUUUAGUUCUUUUUAGUAUUUAGUCUGGAUUAUUUAAUUCUUUUUGGGCUUAUUUCAGCAUUAUAAAACUUUUGCAAUUCUUUUCUUAUAGUUGAGGUGGUUGUUGACAAGUGGGGCAAGUAAAGGAUUCCCCUAAGAUCAGCUCUAAACAGAAGUCAGAGUAAGAAGAAAUCAAAUAAAAAAAGAUUACUCUAGAACAUCGAAAAUUUAUUGAAAAAAAAACGGAACUUCUUCAUUUAUAUAAAAAAACAAAAAGUCAUCUCUUUUCUCACAAGGAGUAUUAUUAUUCGUGCAUUGUUUUUUUUUCUUUUUCAAGUAACCAUUUUACCGUUUGACUUGCAAAUAUUGUAUCCCUCAGUCCACAUCUCAAUUGGCUUCUUAGGAUAAAAGCAUCCCUCAUCAGAGAAACAAAAUUUUUCAACCAAGUCAUUUUAGAAAUGCGUUUUCAAUUUAAUUAUUUAAGAUUAAAAAAAAACAGAAUUGUAUAAAGAAACAAUGAAGUAUGUAUAUAAAUAAAGUGACAUGUUUGAAUUAUUUAAAAGAAUAAUAAUUCUUUUACAAUAAUUUAUUUAAAAAAAAGUCAUAAAAUAUAUCCCUCCCUCUUAUAAAGAUACAAGUAAUUUUAAUCUAAGAUUUUCCCAUAUUGUAAUUUAUUAGUAAUUUAUUUGUUGAAAAGUUUGUGUUUGUCUUUAAAAAGAAAUGAACAGUAAAUAUAGGUCAAUUUCUUAUUAAAGUUAGAAAAUAAACAUAAAAAAAAGAUGAGAAAAUAUGAUCGACGAGAUUUUUUUGAAAAAAAAACAAAACUUUUUGCAACUUUUCACCACUUUAUACCUACUUUUCCAACAAAAGAGGAACUUGUGGUGGAAAUAGAUAAAAAAAAUACAAUAUUUAGACCGUGAUGUGAGAUACGAGUUACAAAAAAGUCAAAGAACACGUAUGUUUUAGAAGCAAACUGUGCCACCGACAGUGUGGUAAGGGGUCAUUAAUUAUGGAGUAUAAAAGAAAUUAUGUAAAUAUUAAAUAAAAAAUUUAAAAAAUAAA